CCGGGCCGGCCGCGGCCGGUGCCCGCCCAGCUGGGCUCGGCGGAGCUGCACGGAUCGGAUCGGCGGGGCCGGGGCCGUGUGCCUGAGGAGGAGGAGGUGGUGUAAAGAGCGACGAGCACAAAGCGCAUUGGAGAAGAAUAAUUUAGCUCCUCUGUUUGUUGUUUUUCGGGAGUCUGGUUUUUCCCUUCUCCUUCCUAUCUUUUUUUCUGCUCAGGAUUUAAAUGUCACUCAAAGCAUCCCCAGAUCAGCUUCUCGCUCGCCGCCUGUUUCUUCCGAGGCAUUAACUGGAUCACACGCUGCAUUUGAAGAGCUCGGGUGUUUUACCCGCUUAGGAAAUUUGCUCCAUCUCCAGCAGCAACCACUGCUCCUUUUGAUGUUGUGGUACGCCGUGCGCAUGCGCUUCACAUUAGAAUUACUGCACUGGCCAGAAUAAGUUGGAUCUCUUCUUCUCUUCACUGAAACCCUAAAUCAUAUCAAAAGCUAAAGGGAUGCUGAGAGUCCGGAGAAAGGGUUACUUUGGGAUUUGGUCAUUCCCUUUAAUAAUAGCCGCGGUGUGUGCACAGAGUGUCAAUGACCCUAGUAAUAUGUCACUGGUAAAAGAGACCGUGGAUAGACUGCUGAAGGGCUAUGAUAUUCGCUUGAGGCCAGAUUUUGGAGGUCCCCCAGUGGCUGUGGGCAUGAACAUAGACAUUGCCAGUAUAGAUAUGGUCUCGGAAGUCAAUAUGGACUAUACCUUGACAAUGUACUUUCAGCAAGCCUGGAGGGAUAAGAGGCUGUCCUACAAUGUGAUCCCUCUGAACCUCACUCUGGACAAUAGAGUAGCUGACCAGCUGUGGGUGCCUGACACCUAUUUCCUCAAUGACAAGAAGUCCUUUGUCCACGGGGUCACUGUGAAGAACAGAAUGAUUCGUUUGCAUCCAGAUGGAACAGUCCUUUAUGGGCUCAGGAUCACCACGACAGCCGCCUGCAUGAUGGACCUGCGCAGGUACCCCCUGGACGAGCAGAACUGCACGCUGGAGAUCGAGAGCUAUGGCUACACCACAGAUGACAUAGAGUUUUACUGGCGUGGGGGUGACAAUGCUGUCACGGGAGUGACCAAGAUCGAGCUGCCCCAGUUCUCCAUCGUGGACUACAAGCUGAUCACCAAGAAUGUGGUUUUCUCUACAGGUGCCUACCCAAGGCUGUCUCUCAGCUUUAAACUUAAGAGAAACAUUGGCUACUUCAUUCUGCAGACCUACAUGCCUUCUAUUCUCAUCACUAUCCUGUCCUGGGUUUCCUUCUGGAUUAAUUAUGAUGCUUCAGCUGCAAGAGUUGCUUUAGGAAUCACAACCGUGCUCACAAUGACAACCAUCAACACCCAUCUCCGAGAGACUCUCCCCAAAAUCCCCUAUGUGAAAGCCAUCGACAUGUACCUCAUGGGCUGCUUUGUGUUCGUGUUCAUGGCCCUGCUGGAGUAUGCCCUGGUGAACUACAUCUUCUUUGGCAGAGGCCCCCAGAGGCAGAAGAAGGCGGCAGAAAAAGCCGCCAGUGCCAACAACGAGAAGCUGCGGAUGGACGUCAACAAGGACAGAAGAAUAAUUGGCACAUAUCAUUGUCCAGAAAUGUAUUCAACAAAGAUGGACCCCCAUGAGAACAUCUUGUUGAGCACCCUGGAGAUCAAGAACGAGAUGGCCGCCUCGGAGGCCGUGAUGGGGCUGGGGGACCCCCGCAGCACCAUGCUGGCCUACGACACGUCCAGCAUCCAGUACCGCAAGGCGGGGCUGCCCCGGCACAGCUUCGGCCGCAACGCCCUGGAGAGACACGUGGCCCAGAAGAAGAGCCGGCUACGGAGAAGGGCCUCGCAGCUCAAAAUCACCAUCCCGGACUUGACGGACGUCAACGCCAUCGACCGGUGGUCCCGCAUCUUCUUCCCCGUGGUUUUUUCCUUCUUCAACAUUGUCUACUGGCUUUACUAUGUGAACUAAGAGACAGAGCCACGCGGGAAGCCAGGACUGGAUUUCUCUUCAAACCGGUUGUACAGCCAAAAGUGGGACUUAGAAAAAUUCUAUUCAGGACAAAAAGUUACUUUAAAACA